AUGUGCAAAAGGGCUACCUGCAGUGUUUGCAGUAUGGCAUUCCACUAUCCUUGCCAUUUUAAUAGGAGAUCUGACCCUACGCAGAAAAACCCACCUGGUGGGGAUGCGGACAACAUAUUCCGGCGGUCAUGGAUGCGGUGCCCGAAGCUCAGCGCUGUAGUUGCGAGCCCAAGGUCGAAGUCGGGGCCAAUAGCUAUCCCCCCAAGGCAGAAAAGGUAG